AUGGAAAGCACAAGAGUAUUUGUCUCUGGCCUUCCGCCAACAUUCUCCAAUGAUCAACUUAGGAAGCACUUUGCUAGUCGCUUCCAAGUCACCGAUGCUCAUGUAUUACCCAAACGCAGGAUUGGCUUUGUGGGCUUGAAGACCCCCGAAGCAGCCAAGGAAGCUGCUAAAUACUUCAACAAGACAUAUGUCAAGAUGUCAAAGAUCUCUGUAGAUAUUGCUAAACCGAUCGACUCCGAACCUAUCAGUGCUGCUCACAAGUUUAAAAAGGGUGAUAAGCCUGACUCUGCAGAAAAUACACUCAAACGUAAACGCGAUGGGGAGCCCACCCAGCAGGACCCUAAACUGCAAGAGUAUCUUUCCCUCAUGCAGCACUCAUCACAUACAAAGACAUGGGCCAAUGAUGAUGCCGUGAUCAACUCUGUUGCAAAUGACUCACCUGCCAAGGAUCCCCAGCCCGUUGAAGCAGAUGAGGUCCCUCAGGAACUUACCUAUGCUCAAAGGAAAAAGGCAAAGCUCGGGGACACAUCUGGAGAAGAUACCCAUGUGUCACAGCACGAUGAGUCUGAGCCUAUGGUUGUUGAUGCAACUGUGGAAGGUGAUACUACUGAGCAAGCAAUGGACCAGGAACAUCCCGCUGUUCAUGAGGAAGAACAACAACCAGUAUCUGACACUGACUGGCUUCGGUCGAAGACAAGCCGUCUUCUCGGUCUCCUAGACGAAGAGGAGCAGGCAGAGUUUGACUCUGCAGCGCAAAGACCUACUGAUUCAGCGGAGCCAGCAGCUGAUGCUGAAGUCGACACCAAAAAUGCAGAGGCUGAUCCUUCCCCAGCUGCGGCUGAUGCUGCAGAGCCGACAAGGGCCCCGGAGGUUGACACCAACAUUGAGAACAUUCGCAUUUCUGCGCGUUUAUUUGUAAGAAACUUAUCUUACGAUACAAAGGAGUCCGAUCUCGAACCAGUAUUCGCUCCCUUUGGCAGGAUUGAAGAGAUUCAUGUUGCCUUUGAUACUCGGUUCAGCUCCAGCAAAGGAUUUGCUUACGUUCAGUAUGUUGAAUCCGACGCUGCCGUAGAGGCCUACAAGGCCCUUGACGGAAAACACUUCCAGGGUCGUUUAUUGCACAUCCUGCCAGCUGCUGCAAAGAAGACGUAUAAGAUCGACGAUUAUGAGUUGUCUAAGUUACCUUUGAAGAAGCAAAAACAGAUUAAGCGAAAACUUGAGUCUACUUCUUCAACUUUCAGUUGGAACUCACUUUACAUGAACGCCGAUGCAGUUAUGUCGUCAAUGGCUGAGAGACUCGGCAUAUCAAAAGCAGAUCUCUUGGACCCUACUUCGUCGGAUGCCGCAGUAAAACAAGCGCAUGCUGAAACGCACGUUAUUCAAGAAACGAAAGCUUACUUUACUGCAAAUGGUGUCAAUAUCGAUGCCUUUAAAGAACGAGAGCGUGGAAACACUGCUAUCUUAGUAAAGAACUUCUCUUAUGGCGUCAAGACUGACGAUCUUAGGAAGUUGUUCGAGCCGUUUGGCCAACUCACAAGACUACUGAUGCCUCCUAGUGGUACAAUAGCUAUUGUUGAGUUUGCAAGACCAGAUGAGGCUCAAAAGGCAUUCAAAGGUUUGGCAUAUCGGAAACUCGGAGAUUCCAUCCUAUUCCUAGAAAAAGCCCCCAAGAACCUCUUCGAUGCAUCUGUUGCCCCGCAGAAACCAAUUGUGGAGACUAAAGCCAUCUCUCAAGGAUUCUCAACUGCUGACACGUUCGCGGCCGAAGAGCCUGAGGAGGCUAUUGCUACCGCAACUCUUUUCGUAAAAAAUCUCAACUUUGACACGACGAAUGCACGUUUCGUUGAAGUCUUCCAGCCGUUGGAUGGGUUCGUUUCGGCGAGGAUCAAGACCAAGCCCGAUCCCAAACGGCCUGGCCAGACCCUCAGCAUGGGCUUUGGCUUUGUUGACUUUAGGACCAAGGAUCAAGCUCAGGCCGCUCUUGCUGCAAUGAAUGGAUACAAGCUCGAUCAGCAUGCACUGGUAGUUAGGUCAUCGCAUAAAGGUAUGGACGCUGCUGAGGAAAGACGACGUGAAGAUACUGCGAAGAAAAUCGCAGCCAGGAGGACGAAGAUUAUCAUUAAGAACUUGCCGUUCCAAGCGACCAAGAAGGAUGUCAGAUCGCUCUUUGGAGCCUACGGCCAGCUUCGCUCUGUGCGUGUUCCUAAGAAAUUUGACCGGUCGGCUCGUGGUUUCGGUUUUGCAGACUUCGUAAGCGCUCGCGAAGCGGAAAAUGCCAUGGACGCGCUGAAGAACACCCAUUUGUUGGGCAGGAAACUGGUAUUGGAAUUCGCGAACGAGGAGGCUAUCGAUGCGGAGCAAGAAAUCCAGCAGAUCGAAAAGAAAGUAGGGGAGCAGAUGGACCGGAUGAAACUACAGAAGCUCACGGGUGCCGGACGGAAAAAAUUUACUGUAGGGGCCCAGGACGAGGAAGACUAA